UGUUCGAAGCUUUUUUCGUGCUAAAAGUCAAGUACUCAUAGGGUGCCAUGUCAGACAAUAAAUCGAGCAAUGAUAGCAACGACCCUUUGAGUGAAGAACACAUGCACUUGACUCUUGAAUGGAAAUACUACGCAUCUCCGAGUUGCAUGCGAGAGACAUCGGGUCUCGGGUCGUGGGCCUCGGAAGGUCUCCUUCGUUUUGGUGACUCCGGCUAACAGCGAUGAUAUCGCCCCGAAGAACCUUAUCUGCCGAUCUGCCAAUCUACCAAACCAUCGAUCGCGCGAUAGGAUGGCCAGGUUCGGAGUAGUACCGAGCAGUCAGUUACCAAUUGUCUAUGGACGCGGAGAGACAUGAGCGGCGGCGACUAUGAGAGUGGUGACUACUUUAUGCGCAGUCGGAAGUCUCGCGACAAGCCAUCGCUGUGGGACUCUUUCCAGGACCCGCCAUCGAAGAACAAAAGCGGCUCCGAUGUUGACUGGAAGAAGCUGCAGUUCUUCCUUAAGCUCUUCAAGCUUUGUGUUUACCUCCUGGUCUUUGCUGUGGUUCUGGCCACGAGUGUGCUCGCCCAGCUGCUUUAUCUCUACAUGGCCGGAAACACUGGAGGCGGCGAAGGGCCGCGGGUGCAGGUGUGCAGCAAGUUCCUGCUCCUCCGCACCGGUGGCGAGGUGGUGGCUGCCCGCAACAAGCUGGACCAGAUCGCCUGGGUGUGGGCCCUGAUCUUUGCCUUUGCAGCUCCUGAGCUGCUGACCUUCCUGCGUUCGCUCCGCAUCUGCCUUUUCAAGCGGGAGCAGCGACCCAGCGCACUGGAAGUGGGUCUGGUCACGCUCUUUGAACUGCUCCACGUCGUUGGCCUGGCCCUGCUCACCUUCACCGUGCUCCCGGCGCUGGAUGUGACGCGUGGAGCGAUGCUGGGAUGCUGCGUCUGCUUUGUGCCUGCCCUGCUCAAUUUGCUGACGGGCACGCGGCUGCACUGGAAGUCGGUGGACAGCCUGGUCCUGGCGCUCUCUAUCCUGGCGCUGAUAGCGCAGGGCAGCGCCUUCCUCCUCUGGCCCUCGAUGAGCGACCGACUGGAGGUGCAACUGCUGACCCUUCCGCUGCUCCUCGUCUCGUUCCGCUGGUGGGAGAACUUUGCCAACACCCACGAGGCCCUGGCCUAUAUCAUUCGCACUAUUCGCUGCACCCGCUCUCGUUACCACACUUAUCUGUACCUGGCACCCUUAAAGGUCGUAGUUUUCGCGGGUAUGAGCUUCCUGCUCCAUGGCCAGGACUUUGUGGAGUAUUUCAGCCGGUUCCUGGAUGCCUGGCGGCCGCAUCUCAUCACACUUGUGCAAACUGGCGGUGAUUCCAUUGCGUCCAAUUCCACCCUGGGCAGCUCAUCAAUCAGAGCCCAGCCAUCCAGGACGCAGUUCACGAUGCAGUCCAGUCCAAAUGCGGUGGUCUAUGCCCUGGCCGUGCAGGUGGUGGCCGCGUAUUUGUGCCACGUUUUCGGCAAGUUUGCCUGCAAAAUCAAGAUCCAGGUGUUCAGCUACGCCCUGCCCCUCAGCCUGGCCGGACCGACAGCGGUGUGCGUGGUUACUUACCUGGCCCAGGUGCGGGCUGCGGAUCCGUGCUCGCUGCACGGCCUCCUGCCGGACUAUCUCGGCCUGCAGGCUCUGGCCGGGAACGCGGAGGAGCUGGGCCAGCGCUGCCUCGACUUGGCCCUGUGGCUGUGGCCUCUGUGGUGGCUGGGGCAGGUGUGGACCUGCCUGCACAUCUGGCAGCCGCACAACGACAAGAACGCCCAGACCGAGAAGCUAUUUGUGUGCCCCUGGUACUGCGGCCUGCUGGUGGACCAGUGCUCGAUGAUGAACCGCCGGAUUGUGGACUGGAGCGAGGAGUAUCUGGCCAUCAAGAGCGACUUAACCGCGCCACGGGAUCCGGUGGUGGCACUGGCUGCCGACAUCAAUGCCAGCCGGGACAUCCUGGAGGAGGACAAGGUGCCGCAGCUGAUUGUCUGCGCCACCAUGUGGCACGAGACCGAGGACGAGAUGAUGGAGUUCCUCAAGUCAAUUGUGCGCCUGGACGAGGAUCAAUGCGCCCGUCGCAUGGCAAAGACGCACCUAAAUGGCGGGAAGGCGGACGACGAGUACUAUGAAUUGGAAACCAACAUCUUCUUCGACGACGCCUUCGUGCUGGACCCACGACAGUGCCAGAACAAGAGGAAUCCACCGGUCAACGAGUACGUAAAGACCCUCACCCGAACCAUCGACAAGGCGGCCUUCGAGGUUUAUGGCGUAAAUAUCAGGUUGAAGCCACCACUGAAGAUCGAGACGCCGUACGGGGGACGCCUGGUGUGGACUCUGCCUGGACGCACCAAGAUGGUGGCUCAUCUGAAGAACAAGGACAAGAUCCGGCAUAAGAAGCGCUGGUCCCAGGUCAUGUACAUGUACUAUCUGCUCGGAUACCGGAUCAUGGAGACGGAGCAGCUGUCGCCGCGCCGGAAGGCGGUCAUAGCUGAGAACACCUUUAUCCUGGCCCUGGACGGAGACAUUGACUUCCAGCCGCGGGCUGUCCAGCUGCUGAUCGAUCGGAUGAAGGCCGUGGAUGAGCUGGGCGCUGCCUGCGGAAGGAUUCAUCCGGUGGGCCGGGGUCCAAUGGUUUGGUACCAGCGCUUCGAGUACGCCAUCGGACAUUGGCUGCAGAAGGCCACGGAGCACGUGAUCGGCUGUGUGCUGUGCAGCCCCGGGUGCUUCAGCCUGUUCCGGGCCAGCGCUCUCAUGGAGAACAGUGUGAUGAAGCGCUAUACCAUGGUCAGCUCGGAAGCCAUGAAGAUGGUGCAGUACGAUCAGGGCGAGGAUCGUUGGCUCUGCACUCUGAUCCUGAAGGCCGGCUCCCGGGUGGAGUACUGUGCCGCCUCCGAUGCCUACACGCAUGCGCCAGAGAGUUUCAAUGAGUUCUAUAAUCAGCGUCGUCGCUGGGUGCCCUCCACCAUUGCCAAUAUCUUCGAUAUCCUGGCCGACGCGGAUACGGUGGUCAAGAAGAACAAUUCCAUAUCGACCAUGUAUAUUUGGUACCAGGGCAUGCUCAUGAUCGGCACUGUGCUUGGUCCCGGCACUAUCUUCCUUAUGAUGGUCGGCGCUCUGGUGGCUGUGUUUACUAUCGACAUUUGGACAGCCUUCUUGUGGAACUUCUUCCCCAUUCUAUUCUUCAUUCUGGCGUGUGUCUACCUGAAGCAGAAGCUUCAGUUGCUCAUUGCCUUCGUGGUGAGCUCGCUAUACUGCCUGGUCAUGAUGGCCGUGCUCGUCGGUAUCACCGUGCAGAUACUGGAGGACGGACCGCUGGCUCCUGCCUCGCUUUUCUUCCUCCUUGUGGCGGUUCAGAUCACAAUAGCGGGCUUCAUGCACCCGCAGGAAUUCUGGGCACUGCUGUGCGGCGUCAUCUACUACAUUACCAUACCUUCGAUGUACAUGCUGCUCAUGAUCUUCUCGGUUUUUAAUAUGAACGAUGUCUCCUGGGGUACUCGGGAAGCACCCGUGCUCAAGGACGACGGCAAGGAUGAGCCUGGGAAUGAGGAGCACCAUCUACCCGGUUGGCUGAACGAUCCACUGUUGAUCGACUCGGAGCUGGGAGAAAUCCCGCUAGCGGAGCAACGCUUCUGGAAGGACAUGAUCAAGCAGUACCUGAAGCCUCUGGAGCUGAGUCGUGAACAGAAGCAGGCAAUGGCCGACGGACUGAAGGAGUUGCGCAACAUGAUAGCCUUUGCCUUUGUGAUGGUGAACGCCAUCUUUGUGCUGAUUGUAUUCCUGCUCCAGUUGAAAAAGGAGUUUUUGCAUCUAAAGUGGCCCAUCGAUCCCACGGACUUUGUGUCCUUUGACAGGGACAACUUGACCGUGGGUAUAUACCGGCAGUACAAGGAGCUGGACCCCAUCGGCCUGUGCUUCGUGAUCUUCUUCGGUCUGAUCCUGAUUAUUCAGUUUAUUGCAAUGUUUUUCCACCGCUUUGCCACCAUGUGUCAGCUACUGGCCACCACGCGGGUGGACUGGUUCCGCUCCGGGGGUCAGUUCACCGACGAGGACGCAGCCCAUGAGCUGAAGGGCAGCGCGGUGAAUAUCGCCAGGAAGCUGCAACGCCCAAAGAGACUGUUCGACGAGGACGAGGAGGAGCACCACUAUGAUGAGCUGAUGCUGGAGGCCUCGAGAUCUGGCUCCGGAGAGCAUCGCGAGAGCAUGGUGCGUCGCCAGACGAUCUUCCGGCUGCAUGAGAACAGAAAUAAGCAGCACAGCGACUACAGCAACUUGGUGUUCAACUUUGAGAGGCGAUUUUUUGGCGAUGACGACCUCAACCUCAAGAAUCUGGCCCUAAAUCGCAAGUCCGUGAAGCUAUUCCAAAAGCGCCGUUCCGAGGCCAAGGUCAAUGCUGCCACCACGCCCGGCGGUACGCCCACUCCCAAGGCUGGCAAGCGACCUCCGCUGGUUCCCAAGAAGGUCAGCUUCAAUACCUUGAAUAGAAACAGCAUGCAGAUCUAUGACAAUGGUGGCUACGAGCACACAGAGUUCUAAAACUGAUUUAGAGCUUCCUCCAAGUAUUACCCAGAGAAUCUUCUAAACUUUAAUAUAAUCCUUAUUUGGUGAUUAAUGGAUAUAUAUAUUAUAAUUUUACAUAUUUAACCCUUUUUAAUGGGUAAUUAACUCCCAUGCUCAAAGUAAACGAUGACACGUUAUACCUUAAUUACUUCUUUAAAAUAUCUAGAGCCCUUCGGAUCUACCCAUUAUGUAUCCACAAUAACUUUAUGCGUUUUUAUAAUCGAA